AUGCAUCGAGCUGUUCUUCUUCGUAAUGGAACUGAGGUCUGCCUAACAGGUAAUGAAACAGUUAGAGGAAUUUUUCAGCCUCCUGUUUUGAAACCAGUCCAGUAUGGAGACAACGUGACUUUGGAGUGUAUAAUAAACAGAGGAGUGUUUGGAGAUGCACAUCAGGUAUUCUGGAUUCAUCGCACCAUCGGAGAUUCCUAUCAGACUAUAAGAAGCACUCAUGAAAAUAAGAGGAAAUGUGCCAGUGAGUCUCAGGAGUGCGUCUACAGCCUUCAAAAGAACAAUUUCAGCUUCCAAGAUGUCGGCACUUAUUACUGCGCUUUAGUGAUGUGUGGAGAAGUCAUUCUAGGAAAUGGAACAGAAUUUACCGAUAAAAACAACGCAUUAAAACCUGACCCGAUUGUCCUCGCCCUGGGUAUAAGCAACGUUCUUCUUGUGGUUUUGCUUGUUUCAUGUGUGACAAAGAAGACCGCUCACUGCUGCCAACGUAAAAGGGAUGGUGAACAGAAAGUUGAUGAAACAUCUGAAAAUGACAAGCCAGAUGGUGCUCAGGAGCAUGGAGUAAAUUAUGCUGCCUUGGAUUUUGGGAAAAGAAAAAACAAAAACAGAGAAAUGAAGAGAGAUUUGGGAAUGGAAACGACUUAUUCAAGUGUUCGAUUACAAUAGUCACAGAGUCAUCACAAUGAAAAGAGAGGAAGGUGCAGAGACCACAUAAUCAACGGUCUUCAUGUACAUAAUAAAGGAAG